GACAUAUUCAUCGAGUCCGGGCUAGCUGGUGAGGGAUCAAUUAAAGGUGUUUUCUCAGGCAAACAUUACAACAGGUUGGUAUCUUGUCAUAAAGUGGUGCACAAGGCAUUCCAACGUCUUCGCCUAGAAGCUGUUCUGGACACACUGGAUGAAGGUGUUCUGCAUGGCAUAUAUUCGCUCAUUGCAGAUAUGAGUGACUCGAUUUUUAAUGAAGAUGUUCCGGGAUAUGUCAAAAGUUUGAUAAUCUAGUCCAGCAGUACGAACGUUUUAUCGUCGAAAUGUCAGCAAAAUCAAAGACAUUCGCUUAUUGGAGCAUGUACAUAAAAAUGACGGGUAAGGUUUUGUUCCCCUAUAUUUACAAAUAUAUGUGUUGAUAAUUAUUAAUCACAAAUACAGUUUUUCUAAUACAUGUAUCAUUUAUAGGAAAUAGAUAUAACUGCCAGAAAAAUUACCAGAGGUAUUCAGCAAAGGCCCUUAGUUCGAAACGUUGAGGCUCUCCAGUAUUACAAUGUUUCCUUUUCAAUUAUAGGAAUUCUCCCCCGAGUUAUCCUCGAACUUUGCAUGCAAUUCAGCAUCAGAACGACCAAAACAAGGAAUCGUUAAUCGUGUUCCUAUGUGAUGAUUGGAGUAGUUACAUUUCCUCAUCUCUAAGCCAUCUAGAUUGUAUAUACGUAACCAGAAAAAAGAAAUGCCGGUUGAUCACAUCUGGUACCACCCAAACCGAACAUGUUUCAACACGAGAAGUCCCUCAGCUGGCGUGUGACCACAAAGAAGCAGAUACGUGAUUACUCCUUCACUACAAGGCUGCAGUACUUUCUCAUCAACAUAUCAUCAUCAAAUCACCAGACACAGAUGUGUUUGUACUUUGUAUUGCUAUGCAGAAGACCAUUGGCAAGGAACUUCUUAUGAUGACAGGAACUGGCAACAAAUUUCAUCUAAUCGGUAUUUCGUCAAUAUUGAAUGUACUUGGUGAAGAGUUACGCACAUGUUUGCCAGGAUUCCAUGCUUUUUCUGGUAUAAUUAAUACAUAGGCAAUGUUUGCCAAAAUAUAAAUCAGUUAUUUUUAGACAACUAAAUCGGUUUCAUUUCUUAUCAGUUUCUUUCUUUCUGUUUUUUAUAAAGUAAAACCUUGGAAGGCACUGCAAAUGAAUCCGAUAUUCGUGGAAAUUUUUUCUCAGAAGAUCAGCUGAAGUAUCCGAUGAGCUUGUCAUGUCACUGGGUACAUUUGUCUGUCUUCUUUAUGGCGAUCAGACAUCAACAUGUGUUGAUGAGUGCAGAUACCAGCUUUUUAAGUCAGGCAAGUAUUCCAAUGAUGCUCUUCCUCCAGACAGUGACAGCCUUCGGCAAUACAUUAAAAUAGAAAAUUUUCAAGCACUUGUGUGGAAUCAGUGCCUACUAGCCCGAUUACAACUUUCCCCUGCAGCUGGAAAUGGAUGGAAAUUGAAGGAUGGUCAAUUAGAAAUUGUGUGGACGACUCGCUCCUCUGCUCCAGAGUCCCUUCUCGAAUAUUUCAAUUGGUAAAUGCCAAUCGGGUUGUAAGACAAAACACUGCGGCGGCUUAAAAUCUGGCCUGCAAUGUACCAAUCUAUGUAGGUGCAAAGACUGUCAUAAUGGUCAAGAUGAAGAACAUAAUUUGGAGGAGACCGAAGGACAAUUUCCUUAUCUUAAUUCUACUAAAUGUGAUCAGAAACCGACGGUGAUAUAUCUGAUGAUGAAUGCUAGUUUUUGGCGGAGAGUGUGAUUUUUAUUAAGUCUCUUUAAAGGGUCGUGGACUGUAACUGGAAACAUUUGUGUUUAUCACGAAAUUUAUCGGAUUAUUGGUUGAUGAUGGAGUCAUGUCAUGUAAGUUUUUGUAGUACUGUCAGCGCUCCAAAGUAGAUUUUUGUCAUCUAACCGUGCUGUUAUGUUGUAAAGCUGUAAACUAUUUUGUCACACUUAUACGUACAUGAAAUGCGCUAGAGCGUAAAUAUUGAUAUAUAAUGUGUAAAACCCCUAAAAUAUCUAGCGCAUUUCGUCUAUAAUUAUAUUUAUACCAAACCAAACAGAGGAUAUCAUUAAAUGUGAUAUUAGGCAAUGAAAUAGUUUACAGAUGUGCUAAAUAACACCACAAUUAGAAAACACAUAUCUAAUUAUUGCUUAACUCUUAAAGAGAAUAUCCUAGUGGAACCUGUGACCACAUAUCAUCAGGGGCCAAUUGUUCAAAAGCCGGUUACCUUAACCCAGGGUUAGCAUGAAAUUCAAAGCAAUCUUUUAACUGCUUUUUCAUAAAUUUUGGAAAUAUUUUUACAGGAAUCUUUUUUAGAUCAAUUUAGGUUUUAUUUUCUGAAGGUUUGAAAUAAACAGACACACAGAAAUAAAAAAACCAAAACAGUGGGUUAAAUUUUAAUCCGCGGUUAGUGGUAACCCAGCUUUGAACAGCUGGCCCCAGAGUAAUAAACCGCAUUAAAAAUCCGAGUAGAAAGGACUCAAACUGGUACAUUUAAAUUUUAUAACAUGAAGUUUCCUCAAAGCAAAAUGGCAGCUUUCGAUUUUCAGGGAGUGAAAAUUUGUGAUGUUUCAUCACAAAAUACAAGAAAACUGCAGGUUUGUGCAAGUGACAACAACUGAAUUCAAACUCAGCAUAUAAAAAUCUAUAGAAAUAUGUCAAAAGAAUUUAGUGCCCGAAUGUGGACAACAAAAAUCGUUUUCUUGGCAACUUUUUUGGUCAGAGAAUAUGGACUAUAUAUGUCUGUACAUUACAUUGUAGGUUUCAGACUGCAAUUUAUGUAGAUAGUCUGUAGCUAAUAUUAAUUAUGCCAAACAUUGUAGUAACUAGUGUAAGCAUAAUAUGGAAAUUAAUACUAAGUAUCUACAUUUACUGACAUGCCAUAACAUGACCAUUCGAAAACAAACAAAUUUUGAAUUGCAUAUAUAGUGUGAUAAAAUACGAUAGCGUUAAAGGAUCUUAUAGGACUUUUAGCUGGUUCUAAUGAUGGGCUCUACUUUAUUAAUUUACGUUCACUCACAACUGUUCGUUAAGUUCACAUUGAGCAUCUAUUACAUCUAGUUGCAUGUUUUUGUACACGAAAUAGACCGGAAUUUGAUUAGUAUUUAUCUCACCUCUAGAAAACCUCAGGAAGAAACGCAUGCAUGUUUUGCGUGACAGACAUAGCGCAUCUAGGCUUGGCUACUGCAUUUCCCCAACGUCACGAAACUCACACCUGCACGCAAUCUUGUCUGCAUCUGUACUAUCUAACCGUAUAAAAGCAGUGCGUGCAGUCUGAAUUACUAUGCAUUUCGAAUUCAACAAGAAUGGCUUCCACCAUGAAGGGAGCGAAGAGGGGCAAAUUUUGCAUUUGCAAAGGUCUGGAUUGCGCAUUUGCACGGAUAUAAAUCACGUUGAAGGGAUAUCAAUACAUAAGUUUUCUGCAAAUGAAGAACAGCGGAAAAUAUGAUUAAAAUUUGUACGAAAACAUCAGCCGAAUUUUACUCCUACGAAUUUGUCAGUAAUAUGCUCAGUGCACUUUGAGAAAUCUCCCUAGGGACCGCGCGUAGCAAGAAGGGGGAGCACUUGAGAAAGAUGGAAGCGAGCGACUUGUGCCACUUGCCUGAUUUUGAAUCUUACUGAAAAAUUUGGCGCGAAAAUCAAUUAUGACAUAGUGCGCAUUCACCAUGUCGAUUUUACUAGUUCAUUAUUGUUUUGGCGUUGUUAGUACAGAAUAAUAAUGAGCAUUCACUGACGUUACCGGAGCAAAAAUGCACUGGUGAAUUUGGCGUGCUUGUGGGUGACAAAAGUCUGUCACUUCCAGGAACCACGAACCGUGGACGUUGGAAAUUUUGAGCCAUGUAAUUGAUUUAUUGUAUUUCUCAUUCUAGACAAUUGAAUCUUUGCGAGAAGAGUUGUCCUCGGGAGGCAAGAGUAGCAGUGGCGAAGCAGAAAACGAGACAGGUGAAGAUAUUGGUAUCUUGGACGAAGCUUGGGAUUACGAAGAUUGGUUAAUGGGAGAUAACUCGGAGGACAUUUGGGUCAGACACUGA